UGCCAGAACAGCCUCUUCCCUGCUGAUGCAUCUUCAUCUGGUCUUCUCUUCGCCUCUGCGGAUCCCAAAGUUGUCCCACCAGCUGAGUGCGGAGGGAUCCUCAAUUAAAUAUCUCACUCACAAUCAACUGAAACAUGCAGACAAACAGUUCAGCUUAUAUUGUCACUUCCCCCCAAUGCCCCCCCAAAAUGGACGGAUCAAUCAGUCCACUCUGGGGUACCCCCCUUCGCUAACGUGAUCACCAACACUCCAGAUCGGUCUACCCCGGAAUCCCUCCACGGGGUAAAGAGGCCCAUUGUGACAGUCGCUAUUAAGCUUAGCCGCCCCUCGUCUGUGUCGUGUUUUUUCCCUUUUGCUUUGUUUGCAAGGUUUCCCCGACUUACCAUGGUUACUUCCGACACGACGACGAUCGCACAUACACUAUGGACGACCCUGUUUACUACGAGCUGAGCUGGUCGAUCCUCAGCACGAUCGGGAUAGCUAAUGUUUUGUUUGGUCUUAUGGUCGCUGGCAUCACGAGCUUUGGUCCUGUCUCUAUCGUUCCGAUCGUCACGUCUGCUGCUGGCGCUAUAGCCAACGGGCUUUGCUAUUAUGCUUUCUAUGAAGAGGGUAACUCUACUACGACCAAGGCUGUAGCCUCCGUGUUCGCCGAUGUUCUGUGGCUGGUUCAAGAGGCUGGCCUUUCGUUCUACAGUUAUAUCAUCCUAAGUCGAGUCUUACGUGGUCGCCAAUGGAUCAUCUUCGCCACCGGAUUCUGGUUCAUGAUCAUCUCCGUCUCCGGUAUUCGCGUGGUAAUUGCAGCUGUCCGAGCCCGACGAAUAAUGAACGCCCUCGACACUGAUCAGUCAUUGAUCAACCAUCUACAUAUGGGAUACUUCAUCCUCAUCGCCCUCUUGGAAUGCCUUAGUUCUUUCUUCCUCCUCCGAGUCUUCAGCUCGGCGAAAUCGACGUCACUUAGCGCUGCUAUCAAGGCUGGUCUGUUCAGAUACUUGAUGCGGAGUACUGAGGUCCGACUGGCACUUCUUGCAGUACUGGGCAUCAUACGGGCUAUCACAUAUUCCUUCCAAAAUGCUGAACAAAGUGCGACGAAUCUUGCUUCACAGAUUGAUCGGUUUGCGUACAGUAUGGAAUGCAUGUUCCCAGUAAUGAUGAUCAUCGACAUCUUAGCAUCAAAGGUCGUUUUUCACAACCAAGUUUACGGCUCAUCAGGCCAAAGCCGACACCAGCCUGGUGGCUAUCCACAUCGACAGUUCGCGAAUGGCCGUGGCGGCGAUAUUGUCCUCACAACCCAGCAAGGCGAGAACAUUGUUGAGGUUCGGGGAGGAGAGUCGACCGGUGACAGGACAAGUUCACAAGAGCGCAUCAUUAGUCGCAGGGACCACAGAAACGCUUCUUCGGAUAUUGAUCUUGAUGAGAUGGACACGAAACAGAUCGGCAUUAGUAAGACCGUCGCGUUUGAGGUACACAGUUCAGGAGAUGUUGAGCGGUAGAAGCCCCAAUAUCGAGCCGUGCAUAUUAGUUCUCGGGUGGUGUAUAAUCUAAUUCUAUGUAUGAUACUUAUGAGAAAUGCCUAUCUAUUUCAUUUGCCCCCAACCAUUAUGGAAGUCGCCUACCUGUUCGUGUCUCACCUGACAGACAGCGUCCACAUAGCAGUUCUUCUGAGUAAGCGCUUUUCUGAACUAGAAUGAAGUGUGCAUGGAGGUUGGCGAGUUGUAUGACCCUGUACAUGCAUGAGUUGAGACUAAUCAAACUUUUCACAUAUUACUGACCUCACUGUCAUUCUGAUUGACCGUGGAUAUGCUCAUACCAGAGUCUCAACGUCCAUAGUGCUACCAGGGCACCCCUGAUGUCUUGUUGCAAUGGAACUUGAAUUACGAGCUUGUGAUUGCCCUCCUGACCUGGCUCAUAUGCAAUACUCUGCCCAUCUGCAUCUAUCCACUGAUAAGGACCGCCUUUUAGUUUCGGCCUCAUCUCAAACAAGAUUUGUUGGGUAUCGACUUUAAACAGUUGAACAUCAUCUGCUGAUUUGUCGGCGUUGAGCAUCGCUUUGAAUCCCAGACAUUGCGAAGGAGUAUUAUAGACGUCGACCUGAAUAUUGCCCAAUGCUUUGGGCGAUGGAGCGGUGAGGUAACACGCCGGCGUAUCGUGUCGACGUUGCAGCAUGAGAAGCGAGUUCACAAGGUAGUAAAGAUCAUGAGGGCGCUGCCGUAUUUUUGAACCUUUCCCAUCUGGAUGGGAUGUCUCGACAACCUCGAUCUGUUCGAAUAUUAUGCUGCAAUGCUUCUGAACUUUGCAGGCUAUGGUGCGGCUAAGCCGGUAAAGAGGUAUUGACGGCUCAUUCUCCAAUGUUAUUUGCUGCCCAUCGAAUAUGAGAGUGGUAGGGACCGAUGUCUUCUGAGCAGGGGAUGCCUGGUCUUGAGUGGUUGAGUCGGGGCCCAUCGUGGAUGUCAGUGGCGAAAUGCGGAUGAAU